AUGGCUAAUGAAGUAAUCAAUGACUUAAUAACCUACUCCAGAGCUAGACAAAUUGUUCAAGAAGUGUUCAGUUCAGUGCGAACUGUUUUGUCUCUCAAUGGUAGUAAAUUUGAGCAAAAACGAUAUGAAAAAGAGCUGGAUACAACUCGUUGGAAUAGUAUACGCCAAGGUGCACUGUUUGGGAUCUUUACUGGAUGGCUUUUUCUAUCAAGCUCAUUAGCAUAUUCAGUUGGUUUCAUAUUCGGUUCUCUUCUUAUUUCUCCCAAAUUUUCUCAUAGCCUGAACAUCAGUGAUAUUCUUGUCGGAAAGGACACAAGUAUCAACGAAAUAGAUGUAUGGCAAGAUGAUACAGAAUCAAAUUAUAAUGUUCACGGUGAUAUUCAAUUUGACAAUGUCAGUUUUAUUUAUCCAUCUCGAAACGAUGCACUAGUUUUGCAUAAUCUCUCUCUUACUGCUCGUGCUGGCCAGAUAACUGCUCUUGUAGGUUCAAGUGGUAGUGGAAAAAGUACAUGUAUAUCCUUGCUCCUUCGUUACUAUGAACCUUUAUCAGGUCAAAUAACAAUCGAUGAUCGGCCGAUAAAAGACUACAAUGUCAAAGAACUUCGACAGAAUAUUGGAGUUGUUAGUCAGGAACCCAUUCUGUUUGGCGUGAGUAUUUAUGAAAAUAUUCGUUUUGGUAAAGUGGAUGCAACACGAGCAGAAAUUGAACAAGCAGCGCGAGAAGCAAAUGCACAUCAUUUCAUCAUGCAAUUGCCAAAUAAAUAUGAAACACUUGUUGGUGAACGGGGUAUACAAUUGAGUGGAGGUGAAAAGCAGCGUAUUGCAUUAGCUCGUGCUCUUGUCAAACAGCCUACAUUCCUUUUACUCGAUGAAGCCACAAGCGCACUUGAUAAUGUAAGCGAAAAGAUUGUUCAAGAAGCGCUCGAUCGAGCAUGCAAAGGUCGUACAACUUUUGUUAUUGCUCAUCGUUUAACUACAAUUCAAAAUGCUCAUCAAAUAUAUGUAUUAGAUAAUGGAAGUGUGAUUGAGCAAGGUACACACGAAACAUUAAUGGCCAAAGACGGAGGGAAAUACAAAGCAAUGGUCAAGCGUCAACAAACGGAAAACAUCAAUGAUGAUAAAGAUGAUAUGAUGACCAUACAAAAAGCAAUGAAAGAAGAUGAAAAAUCGAUAUCAGGAUCUAAAUUGACGCAACGUAUUCGUUCGAAAGCUUUUGGAUGUCUUCUUCGUCAAGAAGUUGCUUAUUUUGAUCGACUUGAAAAUAAUUCUGGUGCGAUUUGUACUCGGCUUUCUUCCGAUGCACUAGCCGUCCAAGAUCUGGUUGGUACACGACUGGGAGCCAUUUGUGAAUGUAUCGCACUGUCACUUUCUGGAAUUCUAUUUGGAUGUCUCAUUAGUUGGCAAUUAACAUUGAUCGUUUUCGGUACUAUGCUUAUCAUAUGCGCGAUCAUCUAUGGAGAUACGUCCCUAAAUAUAUGGCUGAAUCAACAAUCUGAUCAAAUCGUUGGACUAGCAAGCACACUUGCUGUUGAAGUCAUUCACAAUAUGCGUACAAUAAAACAGUUAUCGAUAGAAAAGGAAGUUUUACGACAAUAUUUUGAACGUAUUCAUCAAUUAUUAAUAUCUCCCCGUCUCGCUGCAUCAUUGUCAGCUGCUAAAACGUUUUUUGAUUUAUUUGAUCGAAAUCCAACUAUCGACAAUGCAUCUACUGAAGGACGACCAUUGUUACGCAACAUGAUCCGUACAGGCACAUCCGGAUGUGGAAAGUCAACACUUAUUCAACUUUUGGAACGAUUCUAUGAUGUGACAAGUGGCCAACUACUUCUUGAUGGCACUGAUAUUCGACAAUUCAAUCUUCAUUCUGUUCGUUCUCAAUUCGGUCUUGUUAGUCAAGAACCAAUUUUGUUCGAUUUAACGAUUGCUGAAAACAUCGCAUAUGGUUUAGAAAAUGUUCCAAUGGAAGAUAUCAUCAAUGCAGCAAGAAAAGCUAAUAUUCAUCAGUUUAUUGAACAAUUACCUCAGGGUUAUGACACAAAGGUAGGAAUGAAAGGUAGCUUUUUGUCAGGUGGUGAGAAGCAACGUAUUGCUAUUGCUCGAGUUCUUCUUCGUCAACCUAAAGUGUUGCUCUUAGACGAAGCUACAAGUGCCAUGGAUUCGUAUAAUGAACAAAUUGUACAACAAGCUCUUGAACAAGCUCAAACAGAAGAUCUUACUCGAACAUCACUUAUUAUUGCUCAUCGUCUUUCAACUAUUCGUUCAUGUGAUUUGAUUUGUGUACUUGAUAAGGGACAUAUAAUCGAGAGUGGUACUCAUACAGAAUUGACACAACAACGUGGAGCUUAUCAUACAAUGCUUGCUCAAAACAAUCUGCAAUGA